AUGGAUAAUGAAUUAAAUGUAACAUAUAUAACUUUUGAUGGGCAUGUGGAAGUGCAGCAAUACAGAUAUCUUUAUUUUGUGAUCAUGUUUACAGCAUAUAUUCUAAUAAUUUGCAGUAAUUCCACUAUUGUGGGCAUCAUAAUGAUUAACAAAGCCCUCCAUGAGCCUAUGUAUAUUUUCAUUGCAGCUUUGUUAAUCAACUCUGUUCUUUACAGCACUGCUAUCUAUCCAAAGCUUUUGAUUGACUUUUUAUCUGAAAAACAGAUCAUAUCUUAUUCAGCCUGUCUCUUUCAGUGGUUUAUAUAUUACACUCUAGGCAUUUCAGAAUUCUUUCUGUUGUCAGCCAUGGCCUAUGACAGAUAUGUGUCUAUAUGUAAACCUCUGCAAUAUCCAACUAUCAUGAGAAAAAAAACUGUUUAUAUAUUCCUGAUUUUAUCUUGGAUUCUGCCUGCUUGUCAGGUUUCAGUGGGAAUAUUACUGAGUGCUAAUGACAAACUCUGUUACUUAAUCUUGAAAGGAAUAAUUUGCAACAGCACAGUACAGAAACUUCACUGUGUGAGUUCAGCAGUGGUGAAUAUAUAUGGCUUGAUUGUUUUUGUAAUUGCUGUACCUCUCCCUGUACUCUUCAUACUUUUUACAUACACCAGGAUACUUAUAAUAACCUAUCGAAGUAGUAGAGAAGUCAGGAGAAAAGCUGCACAGACCUGUUUACCCCAUCUGUUGGUUCUCAUUAACUUCUCCUGUUUGGGUACAUAUGAUGUACUUCUGGCUCGACUGGAAACAAAUGUUCCCAAAACUGUACGUUUAAUAAUGUCUUUACAAAUGAUUUUGUAUCAUCCUCUUUUUAAUCCAAUCAUUUAUGGACUGAAAAUGAAAGACAUUUAUAAACACCUCAAGAGAUUGUUCAGUGAAGACAAAUUAAACUAA